AUGGGGACCCCUCUUCGGCGGCAGGGUGCGGUGGUUCAACAGCAAGAAGACGAACGGCCGCGACCAGCGAGGAGUUCGAGCGUGGUCACAGCUGGUCUUCUGACGCCGGGGGAGGUAUCGUCCGACGUGGGACCAGCCACGGGCCCUGCGCCUUCUCCAACGACCGCCGCCGCCGCGCCCGCCGCCGGUGGAGCCACCGCCGUCGCCGCCCCCGCCCUCGCUACCCCUGGAGCCACCGCCACUGUCGCGCCUUCUCCAACGACCGCCGCCCCCGCCGCCGCCCCCGCCGCCGCUGGAGACACCGCCGUUGCCGCCCCCGCCACCGCUGGAGCCACCACCGCCGCCGCCGCCGCGCCUUCUCCAACGAUCGCCGCCGCCGCCACCUCCACCGCUGGAGCCACCGCCGUCGCCGCCCCUGCCGCCGCCGCCACCACCACCACCGCCGCCGCCCAAGGAGUCGCACCAUCGUCGGGAAAAGAUUCGGACAUCUCCGGCGGUGUAUCGCCGACCACAGCGGCGGACUCGAGUCCGGAACAACAUGGCGAGGGCAGCGACUCGGCUAGAGCUGUGCCCGAUGCCUCAUCGACGCGGCCGGGCGAUGCUGAUGCCGGUGGAACACAGGGGUGCGGUGAGGGUGAAGCACCUGCGGCGAGCGGAGAGAAGGCGACCACCGGCGGGCAAAAGGGGGCUCCAAAUGGGGCAAAUUUGUGCUGCGUGAACGCAGUUGUGCAGCUGCUACGCCACUGCCCGCAGCUUCGCGAGGGGCUAGCGGCCUACCUCACGACCCCCCUCACUACCAGCAGUGCCGGUACGAGCUCCACAGGCGAUCGCGGAGGGGCUGCCAAGAACGCGAAGCAGAAGGCGGCUGCUAAAGGGGUGGCCGCCAUGACGAAGCUGGUUCAAGGCCAGCAGGGGGAUGCUCACCUCGUCCUCAUCAAGCUCCUGGACGCGUUUUCCGAAGCUUCGGAGGGCGACGAGGGGGCCGACAUGUUAAAAAAGGCGAUGGUGGACAUGACGCCUGUAGUGGCCUCGGAGCAUGUGUGCAGCUGCGGCCAUGUGAGUGAGGGUGGCGGGGUCGGUGGGUAA